AUGCCCGAGAAGGACCCUCCUGUCAGCCAGGCCGCCGCGGCCUCUGACUGCGCCAUCGACGACUCGGACGAUGGCGACGAGAGCUACGUUGAGGCCCAACGCAUUCGCUCUGAGCAGAAGCAGAAGCGCCCUCAGACGGACUCUCUCCGUGUCCAGGAGAUUUUCCCCGUCCAUUUCAGCCCCCUCGUUCAGCCCUUGACCAGUUCGAGUGUCGAGUCGUGUGUCGUCCUCGAGAACGCUGCGUUCCCCAACCCGGACCAUCGCGCUACCAGAGAGAAGACAAUUUGCCUUGCUGCGUUGCUCGUUGGUGUGGCCAGCGGUGUUAAACAUGAUCCUCUUCGCCAGAUCUGGCUCAUGCUGACUUGGCUGCAGUUCGAGUACCGUCUUUCGACCUGCUCCGACAUCUGCUCCGGCAUUUUCUGCAGCAUCGUCCCCAGCGAAGCCAAGGACAAGGACUUUGCCCUAGAGACUCUGCCAGUCGCCAAUCCUGUCGAGACGGGCCGCGCCAACGGCGCCGUUCUCGCUCUUUGCGCUCACGUCGUCUCGACCCUCGGCAACGGACCCGUCGUCACAGAUGCCGACAUGAGCUACCCCGUCAACUGGCGCGACCAGGAGUCGUCCAAGUCGUCGGGUCUCGGCCAUCAAGUCAUGGGUCGCACGGUCUGCCUUCACUCGUUCGCCGUCGCGCCCAAGCUCCAGGGUUGUGGCCUGGGCAAGCUCAUGAUGAAGUCCUAUCUCCAGCAGAUCAACAACUCGGGCGUUGCUGACCGUGUGGCCCUCAUCUGCCAGGACUACCUUGUCAGCUAUUACAAGCGAUUCGGAUUCCGCCAUCUUGGCGAGAGCAGGGCGUCCUUUGCUGGAGGUGGAUGGAACGACAUGGUGAUUGAUCUCGCCGGUCCUCCCAAGAAGAGCACCGAGGCUCUCAAGGCCGUCGCCGACGAGACUCGUGCCCACGAGGCUAAGUGA